UCAAUCUUGUUCUGGCUGCCUGUCAUUCUUCUGUUUUUGUCAUUUCGUUUCAAAUCACCCUUUCCCUUUGAAAAUUGUUCCCUGAAAAGGUAUAGAAAUCUUCGGAACAUUAAAUUAUUAUAAAAGUCCAAAGAAUAUUCAUAAGUGAUGGCUCAACUAGCAGAUAAUAAGAAAAUUCUUGAAUUUUUGGAACUAGUAGGACGAUUGAAGCAUGUCAGAAGAACAGGGUGGGUGAUCUGUGAUAUAAACGAGUGUGAAUCGAUUGCUGGCCACAUGUACAGAAUGGGUAUGAUGACAUUCCUGCUCACUGAGCAGAACGAUCCUUCGAAAUUGGAUCGCUUCAGAUGUCUUCAAAUAGCUCUAGUUCAUGACCUAGCGGAAUGUAUUGUUGGUGAUAUAACUCCACAUUGUGGAGUGUCUCCGGAGGAAAAACAUCGUCAAGAAGAUGAGGCUAUGCAGAAAAUAGCUGAGUUAACGGGAUUUGCUGGAGAUAGAAUGUAUGAACUCUAUAAGGAGUAUGAAAACCAAACCUCUCCUGAAGCGAAGUUUGCCAAAGACUUGGACCGCUAUGACAUGAUACUUCAGGCGUUCGAAUAUGAAAAGCGUGAAAACGCACCCAGGAGACUUCAAGAAUUCUUCUCUGCUACAGAAGGUAAAUUUAAGCAUCCCUUUAUUGUAGGUUUGGUACAAGAAUUGUACAAUCAAAGAGAGGAAUUUGAAAAGAAAUCUCUUUUGAAUGGAAGCGCAUAGAUAUUUUAUUUAUGAAAUAGCUUUUGAUAGUUUAUUUCGAAAUAGCUUUUGAUAGUUUAUUUCGAAAUAAGUAAUGAAGUAAAGAAUGUUAAGAAUGCUUUACUAUAUUCCUCUCUAUUAAGAAAUCCCUUUAUUGGUUUUAACAAACGCUUUGUCAUAAUGCUCCAAUGUUAAGUAUAAUUUUAAUAUCUAGCCUAAUACAUCACUUACAUAUUAUAACAAAGUAUUCUCACAGUGUAAGAACUGAUAAAACUUAACAUAAUAUUGUAAUCUUUCUCAAUAGUUCUGGGGCUUCUGACUUAAUUAGUAUAAUUAUCGUAUUUAAUGUCUUGCAAGUUGCAAUAUACAAACAUUAAUUUUAUAAAAGUGCAUAAAUAAGAAUUAUAAUAUUUAAUUUAAAACAUUAUAGGUACUUACUAGCAAGCCUAGUUGUUAAGUAUUAUGUACUUGUUACCUGUAUGUAUAUUAAGGAUUCAUUAUAAUUUAAAAUUUUAUAUAAUGAUUUAUGUCAGUACAAUAUUGUUUUUAUGUCAAGUCUGUUGUUACACAACAAAGAUUCCUGUAUUUAGCAAUAAUUUAAUGUUAUUUUUGUUGAUUGUAUCGUGCAAAAUGUAAAUUAGACCUUUUAUAUAAAAAAGUGAUUCUAAA